GUGUUUUAGUUUUUUUUUAGUUAUGCGCAGGUGGAUACACAGAGAGAGAGAGGAGAUCCAGGAGAGAAACAAACCGUUUGCUGAACAGUGCGAGAUGGCGAGCUCAGUGACGCUGCUUCUGUGUAGUCUUCUUCUUCUCGGAACCCUAAGCGCGAUUCAGGCCAAGAAGUCAAAGGAGAACUUAAAGGAGAUCACACACAAGGUUUUUUUCGAUGUUGAGAUUGAUGGGAAAGAAGCUGGCCGUAUUGUCAUGGGUUUAUAUGGAAAGACAGUCCCUAAAACUGCAGAGAAUUUUCGAGCUUUGUGCACAGGGGAAAAGGGAAUAGGUAAGAAAGGGAAGGCUCUACAUUACAAGGGGAGCUCGUUCCAUAGGAUCAUACCAAGCUUUAUGCUCCAGGGAGGCGAUUUCACCCAUGGAAAUGGUAUGGGAGGAGAGUCUAUCUAUGGUGAGACGUUUCCUGAUGAGAACUUCAAACUCAAGCAUACUGGUCCAGGGCUUCUAUCUAUGGCAAACGCUGGCCAAGACACCAACGGAUCUCAGUUUUUCAUCACAACAGUAACAACAAGCUGGUUGGACGGGAGACACGUAGUGUUCGGGAAGGUCGUGUCGGGAAUGGACGUGGUGUACAAAGUCGAAGCUGAGGGUAAUCAGAGUGGAACUCCUAAGAGUAAAGUUGUGAUUGUCGACAGUGGUGAGCUUCCUCUGUAACUCAACUUUCAUGUAGUUUUUCUCCAUCUCAUUAGCCAUUGAUGCGAGUUAAAUCUAGUGCGUGAAGACUUUUGUGUUUAAACGACUAUCUUAGCCACUUGAUUAAAGAUACUACCAUUCUGCUUUUA